AGGAUUAGAUGGCUUAUAAAUAAGAACAAGUUUUGGUUUUAAUCGGAAAGCACAGCCAUAAACAUCAAAGGAAGCUACUGUUGAAAGCACAGAAAAUAUAUUUUCUAUAAAUUUAUUGAUGUUCAAUCGCCUAAAAGCUUAUGGAGAAUAAAAAAAGGAAAGGUCGCAGCAUUGUACUGGAACGACAGGAUCGCGUCUCGAUCGUGGGAUGCCAACGGAUCUACAUCAAGGACAAAACGAAAAAGGUUAAGGAACUCUACCGCCGUCAAGCGGUUGGAGUUUCUGGUCCUACAACCAAAAAGACGGAAGCAGCGGACUCUUCCUCCUCACUGGACUUUGAGAAAAUUCAGCGAACCCGCGCACAGGUAGAUGUCUUAUAUCGGAAAAUCGAACAUGAGAUAGAUAAAAUGAAACACUAUCGCAAUCACAUACUCAAACGCAAGGACACUAGGCCCAGAUUAGAAAGUACGGAGAUGACAAAGGCAAAGGACAUGACCUGGGGGCAGAGCUUAAAAGCAAAUCAAACUAAAAUCAGUCCCCCGGACUCCAACAGAUGUCCUAUUUCUGCUCAGAAACACAAAGGGCCGAAAUGUCGUACUAUUGCAGUCAAGAAUUCACCAGAACUGGAAAUGAAAACCUUAGAAGUCGACAAAAGAGCCAGUGGAGGAUGUUGUUAUUGCUUUAGAACCUGCUAUCAGAACUAUCCUAAUAUGUACCAAAAUAACUGUGGAAAUUGUUAUUGCGCCUGUAAUGGCUCCUGCAAUUGCAACAUGGCAGGAUGUUGUCAACAGUUCAACCCUUGCAGUGGCAUCGACGGAGAUAUAUCACCUAUUCAGGGUACGCCAUUUGAUUUUCCCUAUAGUAUUUGUCCGCGUCAAACAAACAGAAGAAUGGUGACCGAUCUAAAUACCGAUGAUAUUUGUCGGCAUCGGUGUUCCAAUAUGACUGAGCGUGGUUUAUCACCAAAGUGUCAAAAGGAGAGCUCGAAUCGAUCCAGAUUUUGCGAUAAGAAAAAUCUAGCUAGGAAUGAGAAAUCAAAUAAAAAAUUGGAAUGUAAGGCAAAGGAGGAAACUACACCCAUUAAGCCUGAAAAGAUUCCUGUAAAGUUACCAAAAGUCAAAAAAGAGCAGACGUCUUUAGUGGAUCGUCACAAAACUAAAAUAAAAACUGAAAAUUUGAUAGCAAGUGAUUUUGUUUCAUCAAAAGAUAUAAAAAAUGAGGCAGAUCCAUCCAUGCUUUGUAGCGAAGAGCAAGCGGAUGAAAAGAAGACCCGCAUGUACGAAGAUUAUUUGAAUCUAUAUAAGAAGGAGAAUUGUAUUAGUGAUCUUGAAGGGCCUCUGGGGUCAAAUCCGACAUACACAAGGAUGCCAUGUGAAAAGGAUAUUAAGAGGGAAAUAGAUGGAAAACCUACUAUAAAACCUGUUGAUUCAGCUCCUUGCUCUGAUUCAGACAGGAUUAAGGAUCUGCCAAUGUGCAACUCAGAUGAAAUUUCUGACGAAGAUCAUUGCUUUUGCGAUAAUAAUCUUGAGGCUCAAGGACUUACUGAUGAAUGUCUCUACUAUGAAAACGCUCUUCAUUACAAACCGAUAAGUAGUCCUCAUCAAUGUUAUGAAGAGAAAAGUCCAGACGAUGACAAUUGUAUAAGUGAAGACGGGGAUUACAGCUUUCAUCUUAAGCAGCGAGAAAAUAGAAGAUAUUGCGACGAUUUCAGACCUUUGGCUUCUUGGAACUAUACCAAUCCAACGGCAAGUCGCAUGCAUUCCCCGCAAUCCUUGAGAUCAAUGGAUAAAGGUAGUAAGUUGGUAAAGCAGGAAAUCAAGCGAGAGUACUCCAAGGAACAGGACUUUGCGAAAACGAUUCCAAAUGGCGAUAGGCAAGUAAGAACGAAGGAUCCGCAAUAUCAAAAGGCUUCCUCAGUUAGGCAGGUCCUAAGGGAAGCCAGGAACACACAGACGGAGAAUCUUUGUCGGGAAGAGAGACCUACUCAAACGGAUACGCGACCUAUGAUAGAAAAGGCUGCUCAAGUUUGCCUGGGGCAGGAACAUUACAGAGAACGUGUGGAUUCACCUUUACCAACUCCAACCCGAAUAAUAAAUUCUCCUUCGAUAUUUUCAUCCCAUGUAUCCAGUGCAGAAACUAUAAUUAAAAAUGAACAUUACGAUAAUGUUUCCCCGGCUAGUGAAAAACCUCGUUAUAACUCACCAAAUUCUCCUAGCUUCCAAUCUUCAAGGAAUAUGCAACAAAUGAAGGCGCCUUCUCUUAAGAAAUUCGAGCAACAGGAUAAUGAUGCAAGUCACAGAUCCGGUUAUGGCCAUGUCUAUGAAAAGAGUGAACACGAAGCUUUAGAUUGUGAUCAAUAUUAUCCCAAACAGCCAUCGUAUAGACCGCCAAAGGAUGUUUCCUACACACAGCGUAUUCCACGAGACCUUCAAAGCACCCAAGUUAGCCAGCACAGUCCUAGGUCACAAAGCCAAUCUCAUAGUCCAACUAGAUCUAUGAAAACAUACGAUAGUAAGACAUCGCCAAGUAGAAACUAUCCCGUUAAAGAUCAUUCAUUUUGUUCCCAAUUUUACCCGGAUUCCGGGCAAUAUGAUCAUAAUCAACGAUCUGUUAGUCAGGAAUCUUACAAUACUCGGCGGAGAAAUCACAAACAUAGUAAGGAUGGUCAUUUCGAGGAUGACAGUGAUGACUGUAGUAUGGAUUUCCCUACAGACUACGGAAGUUGUGUUGAUAAAAUUUCGUCAAGAUAUGUAGAGACUCGGCCUGAAUGCGACCGAUAUGAAAAGGAGCUGGCGAAUAAUCAUCACCGGACUUACAAUCAGCGUUCAUCAAGGUCGUGCAUUUCUUCCCCAAGACAUUAUCACCCUAUUGAAGAUGAAGACGUUCCAGUUUUGAAGACCGUCUGUGAAAAGCGCACACGAACAGUUACUUUCGAAGACGAUUGUGGGGAACUAACCGAGGAGCAACAUGUAAAGGAAAAUUGUCAGAGUCUUAUCGAUUGGGAUCGAGCCGUCAAAUAUCAUAUGGUGGACAACGAAGAGGCGACCGAUAAUACUAGUAGAUCUAGUAGCUCCGGGAAUAACACUUGCAUCGAGUCCACCUGUUAUGAUGACUUCGAUAGUUGUGAUGAGGCACAGCCCCUGGCCGAUCAUAAUCGGAUGCCUCCGUUCAAUGCUUGUCCCUGUAUGUACCAGACUUAUAUCACCCUGGCCGAAAUGUGCCAAAAAAAAGGUGGCUUCAUUUGUUAGGAGUCAUUGACCUGAGAGAUUCGCGCCGGGCGUUACAACAAAUUUUUUAUUUCGUUUUUACAAUCUUUAAUAUAUUUUUACAAUUUCGA